AUGGAGGCGGUGAAGAACCGAAUGCUCCUGUUCGCCGUGCGACAACUUCUUGGUCGCAUCGUGAAGGACAUUCAAAGCGAUCAGUUGGAGCACAUUGGACGCUCGAACAACAGCCUCGGGUUCAGCGUUGAACUUUCCCGUCUUGAGCUGAACGAGGCGUUUAUUAACGAGGCGCUUCUGGGCGUUCCGGCGGAGGGAACGAGUCCCUCGCAGUCAAGUACGUCUGCUUCAAUACGUCUGGUGCGAGGCCAUGUAAACAGUAUUCGCGGGGAUUUUACCUUUGGUCCCAAAGGAGAAAGAAAUAUUGAGGUUGACGGCCUGCAACUUGUGUUGGAUGUCAUUCCAAAAAUAGAGUGUUCUGUUCCAACAGGUCGCCGGAGUCGCAACGUAAGUCAAAUGAGGGACACGAGGGAUCGUCGUGGUCAUGAAAAAAGUGCAACUUUUCCGAGGAGUGGCUGGGAUGAUGAGAACAUUGGCGUAGAAGAGGACACCAUAUACUCUUCCCUCUUUAUAAGCGAUAGUCUGCGAAAAGGGGUCGAGGAGAGUGUGGUACGCCCUGCGAUGGAUGAGGCAGCGUAUUCCACGGGACAGUCUUCGCCAUUCCGCCAUAUUGAUGGCGGACUGGAGGUGUUUGAGCGAACAAUCAAGCAGUUUGCUCAUAGUGUGAGGGGUUGUAUACGGAAUGUAAGCAUAAUCUUGCGUAUCCCGCCCUUGGGCGAGCGAAUUGUGCCGGGACGGGAACCCCCAGACGGUAGUUUGGAAUUGUUGGUCUCAUUUGAAGGAGGAUUUGAGCUAGAGGAUAUGUGCUCGGAUCCAGAUGGCGAUUUGGUUCACAAACGCAUUCGAUUCUCCGGUGUUCGUGCGGCCGUGUACCCAUACGGACAGCGGCGCACAAUGCGUUUUACGGAUGACGAAUUGGAGGAGUCCGUUGAUCUUGCAGACGUUUUCCUUUGUGGUGGACGAACGGACGAGUUCAACAAUGACAUUGUACUGCGCUUUGGUGAGGGACGAAACCCAACUCAGGGGCCAGAGGCGCAUCUUGACAUGAAGAUUACGACGAAGUCCUUCUUCUUUAUCCUUUCACCGACACAGUUGGGCCGUCUGGUGCAUGUUGCUUGCGCUUUGGUGGGGGCACCGGAGGGGGACAUGGAUGCAGCUGCAGAAGCGGCGGCAGCGGCAGCACCUCGUGUGGUUCGAUUCAUCACAACGAUGAAGGCAACGUGCCAGUACGUUUUUUGUGUGCUUCUUCCCGGUGAGGAUCGUCAGGGGAUUAAGGGAUUUUGGCAAACACUUCAGCAAGGUGAUAAUGGGGCUUCCUCUGGCGAUGCACUACUGUCAUCUAGAAGCCACCGGCUUGUUUUGCAUCGUCUGCUUCACCGUACAGGGUACUACAAUGUGCAUGUGGGCGGUAUCAUGUUAUUAGUUCAGCCAGUGACGGCGAGCACAAGCCGUUCCGAGGACGCGUUUCAUGAUGUUUUUGAAAAUCACGGUGGACGUGGCUGUUCGGCGGGAAUCAGCGCCAUUGAAAUCUAUGAGCUUGCCCCCGGAAGUAGCGGUGAGGGUGGCUCCAGUGACAUGGAAGGGGGCCGACUCAUCUUAACCACCAAGCAAAACGUUGAAAAUUACUCCGAGCGGCGCUAUCGCAUUGCCAUUGUCGCUAGGACGACAUACCCGCUGACACUUGCGGAGUCGCGACAGUAUAGCGUCAAUAUGCUGAAGGAUCAGGAUCACGUCACCGCCGUUGUGAUGGAACAUGUUCUUGUGAAAACUUCAGGUGCAGUUCUUUUGGCGGAAUUGGAUGCGGGCAUCUUUAAAAGGCUUGGAACCUUUUGGGCUCGCUUGCAGCACAUUAUAGGGGCGAUCCCUGGAACAGGGAGGUCUUUCUCAGAGAAACAGCAGCAAAGAGGACGGCAACAACAACAACAACAGGCUGCAGAGCUCUCUGUGUCGUCGUCACCGUCAUUUGUACCGCUGCGUCGAGUUUCACAGGAGGAAUCAGAUCGUCUUGAACGACCCUUGGGCGAGGGACAAUUUACUCAACUGCCGCUCGAACAGUUGACUGGGGAGGGCUGUGGAGGUUACUCUCCAGAGAUGCAGGUGACGACGCCUUAUGUCCUGUUGCGCUUUUUUACGCUUCAAUUGGAAGGUCUCACGUUGGAGAUGAAGUUUUCAUCUUCCAAAAUGCCCGAUCCGGAUUAUUACGGCCCACUGACAAAACGUUUGUGGGAACAAUUGCGGAGUGAAGCGGAGGCGUCUUUUCCCACCACUGAUCACUCAAAGUUUUCCGGUGUGGAUGGGCCCUAUCUCCCAUUGACGAUGAGUUUGUAUCUGAAGUCGCUUGAUGUAUCGCUUGGAAGCGAAGGUGUGCUGGAGGUGUUUUUGGGUGAGGGGCAGCUGACCCUGCAUGACUACAAGGAACGGGUGCAGAGCAAUAUUAUGCACUUUGUGCUUGACCCGGAUAGCAAGGAACCCUGCAUCGUUGUCCGCCAACGGCAGUCGCGGUCAUGCGACACGGCAUGGAGCGUCGCAAGGAAGGCUCACGCUCCCUUUACAGAUGCGUAUGAAAAAGAGGAACUUCAGGCUGAAAGCAACAGCCUUAUUUCUGUGGUGGCGAAUAUACGGCAGGUACAUGCCCAACUUCAUCAAGAUGAAUAUCUUCUUGCUGUUUUCUAUCUGGAUCAAGUGCUGGAAAUGGUGGAUACUAUGCGUACAGUGAUAAACUCCCCAUAUAAACACAGUGACAAUAAAGAGUAUGCAUCUCUGGAAGAGAUUGCGGGGGACUUCAAUUUUGCUAUUUCCAGUGCCUCCAACGUAUCGGAGGGUCAUCUGCACUACGGCAGUACGGAAUAUGAUCCCAUCACCACGAGUAUCAGUGUUCGACUGAAAGUUGAGAAGGGCGCACUGUCAGUUUGGGCACCGCGACUUUCCUCCGCAGGUUGCACUAUUGGUGACCCGUUAUGGCGCUGCAUCCCACAAGGAGAACGGUGUGGGAUUGAUAAGGAGCACCUGUACCACCUCUACGACGUGAUGCUCUCGAAGGUUUCUGUUUUUGUUUUUCACCAGGCAUCGGCGCGCUUGGAGAAAACCGCGCUACACGGGAAAGCGUCCGAUUUUUUUCUAAGGGAGCGACUAUGCAAGGCCAAAUUGACGUAUGUUGACUUUCCGUGGCCAGCCGAGCACGCUUCUUCCCCGAACUGGGGCGGUGUUGUAACGCUUCUCCAAAGUUAUUCAGCACUGUACAAUCGGUCGCAUAACAUUCGGGUGCGUCCACCCUGCGCAAGUUCCACAGAAUCUUUGCGAAAUCGUCAUGCUGUUGGUGUCUCGCUGUGCCGUCAUCGAAACGUGGAGGAUCAUGUCGAGGCCUACGAUGUUGCCUUGCAGUUUGAUCGCAUUAGUGUAUCUCACCAAACUGCACAUGAAGGGGAUCAUUGGCUGUUUGUUCUUUUGAAUUACUUUUCCGACAUCAGUGGCGAAGGAUUGAGCUCGGCCGUGGCGGAAAAGGAGGCGACGGCAGACACUCACGUAACAGAGGAGAAUGAUGUGCAUAGUGACGAUGGGGUUGCCAUUGCAACAUCAGCCGACGUCAAAAUUACGCUCAUUGACGUUUUUGUGGAGUAUAGGCCAUUUUGGGAGGUCUUCGA